AUGCCUUCCUGGCAUGUUAACCUUGUUAGCCGUGGUGGCAAGCAAAUCGACACUCAUCAUCAGGAUAUCUACCCAGACUCUCACGCAACAAUCUUUAUUGACGGGAACACCUCGAUCGCUGACACAUGGAGAUUCGUUCCUUACGAUGAAAAGACUCAGCCUAGGCGCGACUGGAUCUCUCAAUUCAUCUUUGUGGGAGGCGCUCUCCAGUUCAGCUCUGAUGUGGUGGAUACUUACGUUUCAACCCCGCCGCCAGUUCAGGAACUUGUUUCACGCGUUUGUCUGCCUUUCAAUGCAGAUAACAAACAGUUUUCUAUACUGUUGCGCCACGGAGACACGGUAGAGUUCGAUGCCACAGAUGCUCGCGUUGAAGUCAUGUUUGACCCGAGCUCAGCGGACCCUCAUGUUCAGGUCGAAUCUUCAGGACCUGGGGCCUUUGGUCGCGAGAUCAAGAAGGAAGCAGAUACUGACGACGAUGAUGAUGAGACCCACGACGAGGCUGUCCAGCCUGUUAGAGACGUUCGUCGCGGCACAUCAGCCGAAGGGUCUCAACACCUGUUUUCCACGAGCCGUGAGCAUUUUAGUUCGACGCCACGUCCAGCCACACGUGAAUCACAAGUGGUCAAGGAGACUCCAAACCGCCGCAGAAUCAGGUCUCAGCAUGAGUCUGCCAUUCCCGAGAGUCUGCCCAUCGAAGAGACAUACACGGAGAACCCACAUUCUACACAACCGGAGCACCCACAGCCCGACCACGUUUCGGAUCUUGACAAUGGCUCAAUGGCCAAUUUGCCCAACGUUCACACCGGCGAGCUGCCAGACACUUCGCCCUCCGAAGCACUCCAUUUCCGCGUGCCGACUCAGCCCACUCCAUCUCCUUUUAACCAGAGUUUUGGCGUUGACAAGCUCAUCUCGAACUUGAACGAGGACAACNCCCCAUCGCAAGUACCGCCAUCGUCUGCUUCGCUUAAAAAGACACCUGGACCAGUUGUGCAUCCAAGCCAGCUCCGUGAGGAUUUGUCAAUCGAAGAGCCGACGAAAACGAACUCGCCAGAAUCGCAGACUGCAGCUCCAGCUGUUGAGUCAACUGCCGCUGCACCUGAAGAUGUGGCUUCGCCAGUGGAUAUCAUAAAUGAUGAGAUCACGAAUGACAGGCGCAAAACAGAAGUCUCAGACAACCACGCUGCCACCAUCGAAUCAGAUCCUAUCACUUCCACCAUCCAGCAGACUCCGUCUUUGAUCAGUACAGGCAAAAAGAGGAAGAAGGUCUUGGACAGCAGUUCCGUUGCGCAGUCGGCGAAGAGAACGAAAAUUGUUGAAGCCGACACCGGCACUACUGGUAUCACGCCGGUGAGCACAGCGUCCAGAAGAAGUUUAGGUAAAUCCAAAGGCUUGGAGACGCCGUCAGGAUCUGCUCCAACCAGAAGUUCCUCGAGAAGGAAGAGCUUGGACGAGGAGCUACCAAGCACUAUCUCCAGACGUGUUUCAAAUAGGCACAAGAGCACCGACAGUGAGAGUGCUCAUUCUGGGUCGCCAUCAAAGCUGGGUCGACGCUAUAGCAGUGAUCCUCCUGUUAUCCUAUACUCGAACACCAAAAUUACCGAAAAAGCUGAGAUUAUCAAAAAUCUAAAAAAACUGGGUGCAAGCAUGACCGAGGAUAUCAAGAGCGCCAAUUUUCUGUGCGUCGGCCCUGGAGAGCUCCUCAAGACCCCAAAGCUGCUGCACAGUCUGACAUUAAACAAGACGAUUGUUACAGACAAUUGGGUGUCGCAGUCGGUCGUUGCUGGUUUCUUGUUAGACACAGCCGAGUUCCUGCCCGAGGAGCUUCAAGCCACCAAACACCUGGACCGCACCAAGAUUUUCACUGAUCAAGUCAUAUAUGUCACGCCAGCGCAACGAUCGGCGUACAAGAAGGGAUGGGACGAUGUUAUGGCUAUAAUCAGACAAGCCGGUGGCACAAACCCUCUGACUGGACCUUUAUCGAAGCUCGACACCAGUACUAUCACGCUAUAUCUUGGUGCCGACAAGGACGACAAUGUCGCGGCUGAUAUGCAAGAGAAAGGGGAAACUGUCUACAGGAAGGACAUACUGGGCGCAAGCAUCGUCCAUGGAGAGCUUCUGCUCGAUGAAUCGCUAGAGCUUCCACCAGUAAAGGUAGAGUCGAAAUCAGCAAAAACCGAGCUAAAGUCGGCUAAGAAGGGAGCUCGAAAGAAGAAGGCUUAG